AUGGGAAAAGCUGGGGAGGUGGCGGCUUAUUUUUUAAGCUGCCAAAAGAAUCAAUUUACUUACCAUGACAACUCGUCAUUGUUUUAUUGCAGCCCAAACUCUACGAACUUCCAUGAAUAUACCUUGCCUGAAAAUGUACACAGCGUAGUCCCAUCAGGAUUUAUGAUGCAUGUUAAAUAUUUACAAGCCGGUGGAUAUCCUAAGCCACCACCACUUAUGCUCGAAGUCUGUGGGAAAUUGUGUGAUACAUUUGAAGAGGUUUUUGGUCAACUUCUUCCUUAUAAGGGCUGUGAUUGCAAUAUCAAUCACCGUACUUCUGGGGAGGAGGUCUGGGCUAAACUUCCGAAAGGUGUUGUUACAAAUAUCGGCCGGCGUGUUGUCACACUUUCUUCAUACGAUGGAGACGUGAGAGUUUUUGCAUGUACAGGCCUACUUAUAAAGUGGCAUAAAAAUGGCACGCCUGUUAUUCUGACUUCGGCCAGUUUGGUUAGAAGUCUGGUUGAUGAAGACAAGAUUGAUGAAAAAAUGAAGAUUAAAGUAUUUCUCCCACCGAAACAGAUCACUGAUGGGACAUUGGAACUGUACCAUUCAGAUUAUAACAUUGCUGUCAUCAAUGUUCAGAAGUGCCUAUAUGGUAUUCGUCCGGAGAAUAUUUUCCGCAAGGUGAAAAGACCACGUAGAGAAGUGGUAGCUAUAGGGCGCGAUGUUGAUGAUGGAUUAUUAAUGGGGACAAUUGGUAAAGUGAUUAAGACGCCUGCGAACAGACCUUGCAAACUUAACUGCAAAGACCUUAAGCUGUCUACAUGUAAAAUCAAGAAGGCUGGGAUUGGAGGACCCCUUGUUAAUUUCGUUAAUGGAUCUUUUGCUGGCAUGAACUUCUAUGAUAGAACUAAUAGAACUCCUUACCUGCCAAGGAGAAUCAUUGUACAAGUUUUAAGGGGGAUUGAUCUCCCAUCUCAAAGAGGAAUAAACCAUCCCACAGACAUAAUGGGUGAUGCCGCAGUUAAGGAAAACAGGUGGUCGGUUCCUAAACCAUAUUGGUAUCAUCCUCUAUUCGAUGAGGAUCCUCCUCUGCGUUUUGUUGGAAGGCAACUCCACUAG